GACUUGGUUAAUUUCUAGGCCAAUUUCAUCCUAUAUAUUAUAAUUUCCCAGGGAACUUUGAGUUCCGGGUUCCUUUUAAAUCUCUUUUCUUUCACUCCAUUUCGUUCGAUCCAACAAAGGCAAAGAAGAAAGAACGCGGUCUUUGCAUUAGCAAAAUUUCCUGCAACUUCGCAUAGCAGAGGGCGAUUUGAGUCAAACCUAGAAAUAUAUAUAAAUUUAUACAUACACAAAACAAUGACGAUGAUGACCCCUCCGCCUCUGGAUGUAUAUUCUUCUCAGCAACAAGAGGAAGAAGAAAUGCUCGUACCGCAUUCCGAGUUCAGCAACGAGGGCGCCCAACCCAUGGAAGUUGUAGGGCAAGGCGACACUGUUAGUACCGUGGAAAAUCAACCUUCUGAAGAUCCUCCUUCAUCUAGAUUUACCUGGGCAAUCGAUAAUUUUUCAAGGUUAACUGUGAAGAAACAUUAUUCUGACAUUUUUACCGUUGGAGGAUUUAAAUGGCGGGUGCUAAUUUUUCCAAAAGGAAACAAUGUAGAUCAGCUAUCUAUGUAUUUAGAUGUGGCUGAUGCUGCCACAUUACCGUAUGGUUGGAGCAGACAAGCACAAUUUAGCCUGGCUGUUGUCAAUCAGAUUACCUCGAAAUUUUCUAUACGAAAAGAUACACAACAUCAGUUUAAUGCUCGAGAGAGUGACUGGGGUUUCACAUCAUUCAUGCCCCUUGGAGAAAUUUAUGAUCCUUCAAAAGGCUAUCUGGUUAAUGAUACUCUAAUUGUAGAAGCAGAUGUUGUUGUUCGAAAAGUUGAUAGCUGUUGGCAGUAUGAUUCAAAGAAAGAAACAGGGUUUGUUGGACUCAAGAAUCAAGGAGCUACAUGCUACAUGAAUUCACUUCUUCAGACAUUGUAUCAUGUCCCUUACUUCAGAAAGGCCGUAUAUCACAUGCCUACAACUGAAAAUGACAUGCCAUCUGGUAGCAUUCCAUUGGCUUUACAGAGUUUAUUCUAUAAGCUUCAGUACAGUGAUAGCAGUGUUGCAACAAAGGAGUUGACAAAAUCUUUUGGAUGGGAUACAUAUGAUUCUUUCAUGCAACAUGAUGUUCAGGAGUUGAAUCGAGUGCUAUCUGAGAAACUAGAAGACAAAAUGAAGGGUACUGUUGUAGAGGGUACAAUACAGCAACUAUUCGAGGGUCAUCAUAUGAAUUACAUUGAAUGCAUAAAUGUUGAUUACAAGUCAACAAGGAAAGAGUCAUUCUAUGAUCUGCAGCUUGAUGUCAAAGGGUGCCGAGAUGUGUAUGCAUCAUUUGAUAAAUAUGUUGAAGUUGAACGCCUUGAAGGGGAUAAUAAAUACCAUGCUGAACAACAUGGUUUACAGGAUGCAAAGAAGGGUGUUCUGUUCAUUGAUUUUCCUCCUGUGCUACAACUUCAGUUAAAGCGCUUUGAAUAUGAUUUCAUGCGGGAUACAAUGGUUAAGAUAAAUGAUCGUUAUGAGUUCCCUUUACAACUUGAUCUUGAUAGAGAAAAUGGGAAGUAUCUAUCUCCAGAUGCAGAUAGAAGCGUGCGCAAUUUGUACACACUUCACAGUGUUUUAGUGCACAGUGGAGGUGUGCAUGGUGGUCAUUACUAUGCAUAUAUCAGACCUACGCUAUCAGACCAGUGGUUUAAGUUUGAUGAUGAGCGUGUGACAAAGGAGGACAUGAAAAAAGCUCUAGAGGAACAAUAUGGAGGGGAGGAGGAGCUGCCUCAGACAAAUCCAGGGUUCAACAACACACCAUUUAAGUUCACAAAAUAUUCCAAUGCUUACAUGCUUGUCUACAUUAGAGAGAGUGACAGGGAUAAGAUCAUCUGUAAUGUUGAUGAGAAGGAUAUAGCAGAGCAUCUAAGGGUUAGAUUAAAGAAAGAGCAAGAGGAGAAGGAACAAAAAAGGAAAGAGAAGGCUGAGGCUCACCUUUAUACCAUCAUAAAGGUUGCACGUGAUGAAGACCUUUCUGAGCAGAUUGGGAAGGAUAUAUUUUUUGACCUUGUAGAUCAUGACAAGGUUCGAAGUUUUCGCAUUCAGAAGCAAACACUAUUUACAGUUUUCAAGGAGGAGGUGGCAAAAGAAUUUGGCAUUCCUGUACAGUUUCUGCGAUUCUGGUUUUGGGCCAAACGACAGAACCAUACAUACCGUCCCAAUAGGCCUUUGUCAGUAGCAGAGGAGGCCCAGAUUGUUUGUCACUUGAGAGAGGCUUCUAACAAGGCAAAUAAUGCAGAGUUAAAGCUAUUUCUUGAAAUAGAACGAAGUGCAGAUCUUCAUCCACUUCCCCUUCCAGAAAAGACAAGUGCGGAUAUAUUACUCUUCUUCAAACUUUAUGACCCUGAGAAAGAAGAGCUUAGGUAUGUUGGCAGGUCAUUUGUGAAGGCCUUAGGAAAGCCAACUGAAAUUUUAACAAAGUUGAAUGAGUUGGCUGGGUUUCCACCAAAUGAAGAAAUUGACCUUUUUGAGGAAAUCAAGUUUGAGCCGAAUGUUAUGUGCGAACACAUUGAUAAGAGGCUUACAUUCCGUGGUAGCCAACUUGAAGAUGGAGAUAUUAUAUGUUACCAAAGGGUCAUUUCAAAGGAAGAUGAAGAACGCUUCCGGUUUCCAGAUGUUCCAUCUUUUCUAGAAUAUGUGCACAACCGGCAGAUUGUUCAUUUUCGAAGCUUGGAUAAGCCAAAGGAAGAUGACUUUUGUCUUGAGUUAUCAAAACUCUACACUUAUGAUGAUGUUGUAGAUAGGGUUGCACAUAAACUUGGUCUAGAUGAUCCUUCCAAAAUUAGACUCACAGCGCACAAUUGUUACUCUCAGCAACCAAAGCCCCAACCUAUCAAGUAUCGUGGCGUGGAUCACUUAUCUGAUAUGCUGGUUCAUUACAAUCAGACAUCUGAUAUCUUGUACUAUGAAGUUCUGGACAUACCACUCCCAGAGUUGCAAGGGUUAAAGACCUUAAAAGUAGCUUUUCAUCAUUCAACAAAAGAUGAAGUUUCUGUUCACACUAUAAGAUUGCCAAAACAAAGUACUGUUGGAGAUGUCAUUAAUGACCUCAAGACAAAGGUGGAGUUAUCCAACCCUGAUGCGGAGAUUCGACUGCUGGAGGUUUUCUACCAUAAAAUUUACAAGAUUUUUCCACUUCAUGAAAAGAUUGAGAAUAUAAAUGAUCAGUAUUGGACUUUACGAGCAGAGGAGAUUCCAGAAGAGGAGAAGAAUCUGGGUCCAAAUAACCGUUUAAUCCAUGUUUAUCAUUUCACAAAAGAUGCAUCCCAGAAUCACAUGCAGGUCCAAAAUUUUGGAGAGCCUUUCUUUCUGCUUAUCCACGAAGGUGAGACUCUAGCAGAGGUUAAACAACGAAUCCAGAAGAAGCUGCAGGUGUCUGAUGAUGAAUUUGCCAAGUGGAAGUUUGCAUUCCUCUCCUUGGGUCGUCCUGAUUAUCUUCAAGAUACAGAUAUUGUUUCAAGUCGCUUUCAGAGGAGGGAUGUUUAUGGAGCUUGGGAGCAAUAUCUUGGGUUGGAGCAUUCUGACAAUGCACCAAAAAGAUCUUACCAAACUAAUCAGAACCGUCACACGUUUGAAAAGCCGGUGAAGAUAUACAAUUGAAGUCAAAGCUGAAAAUGUGAUGCCUUUGUACUGAUAGCCACCUGCAUUACAGUGUAACUAUGAUUAAUUGGAGACAAUUUCAGGUCCCACUAUUUUUUGAAGCAGUGUAUCUGGUUUGCAAAGCAUAGAGAAAAAUUUCUCAGAGUGUUGCUCUACUGAAAGUACUUAUACUCAGAGAGAAGUUUUCUGUCAGCUCAUUUCUGUCCCUGUAUCUUGGACUGAUUCUUGUAUCUUGUAGUCUUCUCUUAUUUACCUAUUAAAUGAGAAGUUAAAAUUCUGCUUUGUCUUGACCUUGGAAUGUGGUAUGUACAAGGCUAUGUUAAGCAGCAGAUAGUUUCUUGUUGAUUCUGUGCCUGAAGUAAGCUACUGUGGAGGCUGAGUUUCAUGCAACAUGUUUUAGACGAAACUACUCCAAGUUGGUUCAUUUUGUAGAAUUCUGAGGCCUUAUCAAUUUUGUUGUAUUUUAAUAUUAUAUUUUGCAAUCUUUUGCUCUUGUAUAUAAGAGGAUGAAGAUUGCUGACUAUCUUCCUCACAUAUAGUCGCUCAAGUCAGUUCUUCACUGCAUUAUUUGUGAUAGACACUGCACUAUUUGUUAUAGACGGUAGUUUUUUAAUAUUUA